CUUAUUAUGUCUAUUAUUUGCCACAGAACAUUGGCACAUAAUAUCUUGUACAGACCCUACUUAGCUGAUGCCCUGUAUCUUAAUUAUAUCCUUUCAAAUAUUCUGUUCUGUAUCCUGUUCUAUAUCCUUUGUUAUUCGCAGCUACCUAUAGGCACUUCGGGUCUUACCCGCGCCCUUCCGUCGCUGACAUGUAACCCUCGCACUCUUCAGUUUCUAAUCUUUAGGCCCAUAUGUUUGAAAUUAGUACAAGUGCAGGUGUUUUUCAGACAUGGCUCCCGCACACCACUUCACCAUGUCAGAUCACCGUCUUGUAAAGAGGCAUUUUGGACCCUUGAUUUCACUCAAGACUUACCUCACACUAUUUAUCCCUUUAAACUGAUUGAUAUUUGUUCCAAAGAAACCGUAGAAAUCUCGACAGUUGUUAAUGUUCCCGUUGCUUUCAAGCUUCCGGGAGGAUCCUACACCGGAGAAUUAACAAAACAAGGUCAGCAAGAAGCGUUUGAACUCGGCAGACGCCUGAGACAAGAUUAUUGUGAACACGCUGGUUUUUUGUCACAAUCACCCAACCUGUCGAAUAUAUACUGCAGGUCCACUUACAUUCUCCGGACUAUCAAAUCUCUCAGGUGUUUAGCUGCUGGCCUUUUCGGGACCGACCAUACUUCGGCAAAACCUGCUGAAACUCUCGAAAUAUAUGUCGAUCAGCUUGACAGAGAAAUCCUUUUUCCAAAUCCGUCUAUCUCCCCUGGCUUAUACCAGCUAUCCCAAGAAGGUGCGGAAGAGGCAUCUAGCUCUCGGCCUCAUCAAGAUCUGAAACAGAAGUUGAGGACUAAACUGGG